GCAACAUCCGGGUACUGCCACACAAUGCAAUAUAGUAGGAAUUGGCUCGUGAACCUAAACGACGAAACCGAAGCAACAUCCGGACACCAAGCGGGACCGGACGGGAAAGAGAAUAUGGAGAGACAAACAGGAUCCCUUUCAUGAAGGAUGUAUCUGCUGCUCCUCCUUUCCAUCCUGCAGCAUCUCCUGUUAGAAACCUGCUCCUGCCCAUCUCUGUGUGCCUGCGCGUAUGGAAACUCGGGAACAUCCCAACUCAGGGCGGUGCAAUGCAGUGACCCCAGAAUCGCGGCUGUUCCCCUCAACGUCCCAGCUGACACGGUCAAACUACGUCUGGAGAAGACCCUGAUCACCAAGGUGCCCCGGGCAGCCUUCUACAACCUGUCAGAGCUGCUCUUCCUGUGGCUUACCUACAACUCGAUCGCAAGCAUCCAUCCCAGCAGCUUUGUGAACCUGAAAGCCCUGAGGGAGUUGCGUUUGGAUGGGAAUCUGCUCACGGCAUUCCCUUGGGAGGGACUUCGGGACAUGCCCCGCCUUCACACGCUGGGUCUUCACAACAACCGACUAUCCAGCCUUCCUUCUCACGCGGCGGUCUUUCUCCCCAACAUCACCUACCUGGACCUGUCCAGCAACAGGUUGACCAUAUUAUCCGCGGAACUGCUGGAUCUUUGGUUCCCUCUUCCGGGUCAAAGGGGAGGGUCAGUACAGAGAAGAAUUUUGGGUCUCCAUGACAACCCAUGGCUGUGCGACUGCCAGAUCUCCUUGGUGGUCUCGUUGUCGCUGUCCAUUGGGAGUCCUGUGGUUCUCAUGGACCAGCUGGUCACAUGCAGCCUGCCUCUGGGUCAGUCGGGAACGCUGCUGACCAAGGUGGAGCUGCCUCGCUGCAUGAGACCGUCCAUCCAGCCUGCAGCCACCAAAGUCAUAUCUCCGCUGGGCAGCAACGUCAUCCUACGUUGUGAUGCCACUGGAUACCCAACCCCGACUUUGACCUGGGUCAAGACUUCAACCUAUGUUGAUUGUUGCCAUCGGGACAUCGUCGGGGACGAUGAACAGCUACCCAGGAAUCUGAAGAGUUGCAUGCAGGGAUCUCCUCGAGUUGGAGUUCGCUGGUCAAUAAUCAGCUUGGAUGCCUUAUCGUACAAGGAUGCUGGUGAAUAUCGUUGCCAAGCUCGGAACAUGGCAGGAAUAGCCGAAGCCCCCAUUAAGCUAAAGGUGGUGGGUGUCACGCGACUCUCCCGGCUGCCUAAGAAGAAGUCCCAAAAGACGCCACCCAAGUCAUCAUCCAACAACAAAAAACCCAACAGGACCCCGAAUGCUUCGCCCACUCUGUCAUUGAAGGAUAACCAGAUACCACAAAUGAUUACUGCCCCCGUUCCAAAAAACACCACAAAGACAGCUUCUAGUUUUGUUGAGAAACGUCUCAACAUGAACUCAAAAGGCCCGAAGAAAGGGACAAAAAAACCUGUCAAGACAAUACUUGAGCUAUCUGGAAACACAACGCAACGUAUUCCGACUGCGAAAACCAGAGUGUGACACAUUUGUAGAUUGGAAAUUGUCGGUCGUUCAGGACAGGGCAAAGGUUGGAUCUCGGCAGCUGGACUUUUUAUAUGUCAAUUGUUAAAAUGCCUCAGUAAUCCAGAGAGAGGAUAGAGAGGAGGAAUUCCCUGAUGGAUACACAUCAGCUGUCAUCCUCUUGCUAACUGCUAGCCUCUCUGCCUGGAACAAUGUCUUAUACUUGGGCCUGUCGUGAUCACACAUGCUGGACGAUAAUUGUUCUACGAAUUAUUGGUGAUAAAUAAUAUUAUUGUCAACAUUAUUUUCAGACCCAAUCACAAUAUUUCAGAUUUUGCUGACAAAAAAUAGAAAUAACUCAGUUCACACACCCGUCCUUCAUUGGCUUUUACCAACGUUGUGUGUAGUUUUUGUCGGAGUUUGGUCAAAGUACAUGUUUUGGAUGAAGUACAUGCUGAAGUUAAUUUCCACCAUGUUGUAUUUAUUUCCUUGUCUUUGUCGCAAACCUUUCGGGGCACAAAAAGACAAUGCGCAAACGUGCGGAAAUUGACGUCAAAUCGUUUUUAUACGCAACAGCCACAAAAAAAGUUUUUCAUCGUGUAGCACACACACAACAUACACAGCUAGCACAUGGUGCAUAAGAAAAUGUACGAAAAUGUACACGAAUGUACACAAAUGUACACGAAUGUACACAAAUGUACACAAAUGUACACAAAUGUACAAAAACGUACAAAACGUACAUAAUGUACAAAAACGUACAAAACGUACAAAAAAGGAACAAAAACGUACAAAACAUACAAAACGUACAAAAAUGUACAAAACGUACAAAAAUGUACAAAACGUACAAAAAAGGAACAAAAACGUACAAAACGUUUUGUACAAAAAUGUACAAAACAUACAAAAACGUACAAAACGUACAAAACAUACAAAAAUGUACAAAAACGUACAAAAACGUACAAAAACGUACAAAAACGUACAGCUAGCCUCUCUACCUGGAACAAUGUCUUAUACUUGGGCCUGUCAUGAUCACACAUGCUGGACGAUAAUUAUUCUACAAAUUAUUGGUGAUAAUUAAUAUUAUUGUCAACAUUUUCAGACCCAAUCACAAUAUUUCAGAUUUUGCUGACAAAAAAUAGAAAUAACCCAGAAAUACUUUGAAGUUCAUACACCCAUCCUUUAUUGGCUUUUACCAAUGUUGUGUGUAGUUUUUGUCGGAAUUUGGUCAAAGUACAUGUUUUGGAUGAAGCACAUGUUGAAGUUAAGUUCCGCCAUAUUGUAUUUAUUUCCUUGUCUUUGUCACAAACCUUUCAGGUCACAAAUUGACGAUGUGCAAACGUGCAGAAAUUAACGUUUUUAUACACAACAGCCACAAAAUAAGUAUUUCAUCGUGUAGCACACACACGACAUACACAGUUAGCAAGUAGUGCAUAAGAGAUUGAAUGACUGACAGGAGUCUUGACUCACUCCAUUCAUUCAGCUAUAGAACCAACACGCCCAGUUGUUGAUGCACAGGUUGAACCGUCUCUUUGGUAGAAAGAGAGGACAUAAACGCAACACAAACAUGUGUGCAUGAUAUAGUUUGAUUUUAUUCAUCGCGCUGUUAAUUGACCGACAUUCCGACUUAGGGCCUGUAUUCCAAUUCAAGCUUCACCGAUCCAGGAUGUCUUCUGUUUCCUGACUUGACCACCAAAGCUCUGACGUGUUGAGUCAGGAUUUUUUAAAAUAUUUUUGUGUGCCCAUGUAAAAAGGGGCGGGGUUAGCAGCAGGUCAUGAAUAUGAACCGACACUCAAGGAGGACAACCUAUGAUACAGUGGAACCUCGGUUAGCAUAUUUGUUGGUGUGAGAGAGACAGAUGCAGAAGACAGGUUGGAUGGAAGCCAUUGAUUCGCUGUGAGGGAAAAAACACAGAUUAAAAAAAAUGUACCCAAAAAUGUUGCCUACAUCUCCGCAGUCCAACUGUGUUGAUAGUUACGUAUACGUCAACUAUGUAGUUCUUUACUGACACAGUAAAACCCCAAGUCUCUGAGAUGUCUGUGAUCCAUUUGACUAAACAACAGAACAGAUAAUAGA